UAUUUUUCAACCCAGCUUCGGUUGCUUCCCCCCCUCCUCUGUGCCGCCGCCAUUAAAGCCCGUCAGUAUGGUGUUUGGGAAUCGGGAGGGGGGGGAAAGGAUUAAAAUGAUUUAAAGCGUCCAAAACAACAACCGAGGGACGGGACCAGUGGGGGGGUUCUUGUUCCACAGUGCCCGUUUAACGGCGCUCACCAAAAAGUAAAUAUGCGGUUGGUGUUCAAGUGAGAGAAGCCCGAGUUCGGACUGGCGAGGGUUUCUCCGACGGGGGUGGAGGUCCAUUUGUUUUGGCUGCAGCGGGGGACUGGAGUGUAACACAGCAAAGCAGAGUUUCCUGCUUGCUGUGUGAUCUCCAUAAGAGUGGAUCUGCCGAGCUGACAGUCCCCCUGAACGGCUGGAAACCUCCUUUAGUGGCAGCGCGACGAUGACAGAGCUGGGUGCCAAGUGGGCUUGUGAAUACUGCACAUACGAGAACUGGCCAUCGGCCAUCAAGUGCACCAUGUGCCGCGCUCAGAGGCCCAGCAGGGGUGCCAUCAUUACUGAGGAGCCCUUUAAGAGUAGUCCUGCCCUGGAUGCCAGUUUGCAUCAGUGGGACCCCGCAGGCCUCAGCAACAGUCCAUCUCAGGGGGGAUCAAGCCUACUCAUUUGUCCAGACUCUAGUGCCCGACCUCGCGUUCGCAUUGCUGAUGUUCCUGAGACCACUAGUAAGUGGUCGUGUCACAUGUGUACUUACCUGAACUGGCCUCGCGCUAUUCGUUGUACCCAGUGCUUGUGCCAGAGACCACAAUCUCAACAGCAGCAUGGGCAGCAUGCACCACAUCAAGGACAUCAUACCCAGCAACCCCACAGCCCCACGGAAUCACCGCAAACUUCAGGCUCUGGAUGUCGUCCCACUCCCCCAACCACUACUACAGACCCUUGUGAGGAAUAUAAUGACCGCAACAGGCUCAACACUAAUGCACAGCACUGGACCUGCAUGGCCUGUACUUAUGAGAACUGGGCUGAGACACUCAAAUGUGUUGUGUGCGAUCAUCCCAGACCCAAUAGUCUUCUUGCUGAAUCUAUCGAACUGGCGUCAGGGCCUGAAAGGCCGUCCUCAACAUUUAACGAGCAGGACCAGGACAACAGGAGGAGUGCUGUCGGGCAAGGAGUUGGGGGUGUGGUAGGGGGAGUGGUGGGCUGUAGCAGCAGUCAGCGGAGAUCACCUCCAUCUGAAAAACGGGAAACUGAAGUGAACAUGGACUUUCAGAGGAUUGAACUAGCGUCAGGAGCAGGGAUUGGGAGCAAAGAGGAACUCGAGGUGGAUUUCAAGAAAUUGAAGCAGAUUAAGAACAGGAUGAGAAGAACAGACUGGCUUUUCCUCAACGCAUGCGUUGGUGUUGUAGAAGGGGACCUGGCAGCUGUGGAAGCGUACAAGUCAUCUGGAGGUGACAUAGCACGACAACUGACAUCAGACGAGGUGCGUCUAUUAAACAGACCCUCAGCAUUUGAUGACGGCUUCACGCUGGUUCACCUAGCCAUCCGCUUCCAGAGACAGGACAUGCUGGCUGUGCUGCUCACAGAGGUUUCCCAGCAGGCAGCCAAGUGUAUUCCAGCCAUGGUGUGUCCCGAGCUGACUGAGCAGAUCCGUCGGGAGGUAGCGGCCUCUCUUCACCAACGCAAAGGAGACUUCACCUGCUACUUCCUCACUGACCUGGUCACCUUCAGCUUGCCUGCAGACAUUGAAGACUUGCCGCCAGCGGUUCAAGAAAAAUUGUUUGAUGAGGUGCUGGACCGAGACGUACAAAAAGAACUCGAGGAAGAGUCUCCCAUAAUCAACUGGUCACUAGAGCUUGGGACGAGAUUCGAUAGUCGGCUGUAUGCACUCUGGAACCGUACAGCUGGUGACUGCCUCCUUGACUCUGUGCUUCAAGCUACAUGGGGUAUCUACGAUAAGGACUCGGUGCUUCGCAAGACCCUCCACGACAGUUUGCACGACUGCUCUCACUGGUUUUACAUGCGCUGGAAGGAGUGGGAGUCGUGGUAUUCCCAGAGCUUUGGGUUGCACUUCUCCCUUCGAGAGGAGCAGUGGCAGGAAGACUGGGCUUUCAUCCUGUCCCUCGCCAGCCAGCCAGGAUCAAGCUUGGAGCAGACCCACAUUUUCGUUCUUGCACACAUACUUCGUAGGCCCAUCAUAGUUUACGGAGUAAAGUAUUACAAAAGUUUCCGCGGCGAAACGCUUGGGUACACUCGUUUUCAAGGUGUGUACUUGCCUCUUUUGUGGGAGCAGAGUUUCUGCUGGAAGAGCCCAAUCGCUCUGGGUUACACUCGAGGCCACUUCUCAGCUCUGGUGGCUAUGGAGAACGAUGGCUUCGACAAUCGCGGCGCGGGCGCCAACCUCAACACAGACGAUGACGAGACGGUCACAUUCCUGCCACUGGUUGACAGUGAGAGGAAGCUGCUUCACAUUCACUUCCUCUCUGCACAGGAAAUGGGUAAUGAAGAGCAACAGGAGAAGCUCCUGCGGGAGUGGCUGGACUGCUGUGUGACAGAGGGCGGAGUUCUAGUGGCCCUUCAGAAAAGCUCCCGUCGCCGCAACCACCCGCUCGUCACCCAGAUGGUGGAGAAGUGGCUCGACGGCUACCGGCAGAUCCGCCCCUGCGCCUCUUUGUCUGAUGGCGAAGAGGAUGAAGACGAUGACGACGAGUGACUGAACUUAGUUUUCCUCUGGUUGUUUUUUCCCCCUUCCUUUCUUGACACGGACAAACUGUGAAAGCCUUCAGUAGAAGUCAGGGAACCACAAGCUCCUGGCGCUCGCCUCCAAAGCUACAGAAGACACGGCUGCUCUUCUGGUCCGUUCAGGCACUCGGACAUAUUUCACAAAAAACUUUCAACACUUUCCUCAGACCAAUGUGAGACUGACAGAGAACACUGAGUGACAAUAAAGGUUUACAAAUGCAAAUAACCCUUUGAUUUAAGUUUCAAAUCUAAAAGAAUAAAGUAAUUUUUAUCCGUAGAUGUAAAUGCAUGUGGUUGUUAAAAAACGAAAUAUACCAGCAUUUAUUUCAAUCAGUACCUUCUAUUUGUUCAGUGUGGGCACUGACAAAAGCACACUUCCAAAUUAAACAAUGUUUUUCCAGUUGUAUGAGAAUGUUCAGCAUUUUUGUGUUCGAACAGAGGGACAAAGCCAAUAAAUAUUCAGAAAAACAGAGAUUGUAUAAUAAUAACAAUAUUAAUAUGUAUAUCCUUAUAAUUAAGCACUGCACAUUUCUGAGAACAUUAAUUAAAAACGGUAUCAUUGCUUGAAAUAAUGAUCAUUUAUGAAGCUUUUAAAAGGGAGCUGUGCCCUUCACAAGUUGGAUCUACACUUACCAAGGUUUAGCACAUGAACGUUCAUGUUGGUUUACUUUUUGCAGACUGAACUGAGAAGUUGUGUGUGCGUGUGUUUUGUUAGAACUUAUUCUACAUAUUUAUUGUUUGAAGAUUUCAACGUUAAGAGCUUUCUGUAUAUUUUUCUCGAUUGUGUGUUGUUUUCUUUUUUUUUUUUUGUUAAUUUUUCCCUCAAUUUCAAUGAAGACUCGUUGCACAGAAACACUGUUCCUGUGAGGAGAGAACCAAUCAUGGCGGUGGAACGUUUACUUGCGUUGUUGCAUGAGAUUUAGUACCUCAAACGAAUGCCUAAAUUCUGGUGCUUUAUUUUGGUUUUUGUUUAUUAUAUUUUUUCGGAGCAAUUAAGCGAGACAUUGGACGUUUGCAUAAAACCCAGUCACAUUUGUCUUCUAAACCCUGUUUGUCCCGUCGUUCCUGAAAGUAUUUGCUGUCCAGCUCACCUUUGUGCUACAUGUCAGAUCAGCUUCUCUGUAAAACCUGCUGUCAACCCCUUGUUUUCAAUAAACCGUUGUGUGACUGCAACAUAUUAAACCAAAGCUGAGAGGAACAAGGAAAAAAAGUGUCAACUCCUUUUUUUUUGCUGUGAAUGUUUUGCGUUUUUUUCUCUCUUGCCAUUGUGUACUGUAACCUUUGUGUUUCAUUUGUGGCAUACAUGUUUUGAGCAUCACCUGUAUGUUGCUUUGUAUUUAUGCAAUAGUUGCAGUUGUGACUAUGAUGGUUUGUGAAUUUAGGCCUGACUUCACUAAACGGAGUGUAAUGCAAAGAACAGGCAAAAUAUGAAAUAAAAAUAAUAAUAAAGGAAAAUCUUUUUGAAUGUCCAAACUUAA